AGGUGAGUCAUUUUGGUGGCAGGUUGUUUCGUGCGUGUGUGUGGAUUGUUUGGCCUCAAACGAGAUUAACUCACUUUUGGAAGCUACCGCGUCGCACCAGCUCCGACCGCAACUGAAGGAGAAAUCCAAAAAUGAAUUUAGCCUUCAGGGGACUUUCAUUGCUUCUGCUGCUCUGGAACUCUGUUGAGGGACAAGAAUCCGGAGACGACUGUUUGGCGAAUUUCAAACACGGACGGGAUGAUUUCGUGCUGGACGCGGAUGAGUCGGUGAAGGACGGCGCGACGUUCCUGUCCUCCCCGCCGCUGACGCGGGUCAGAGACUGCGUGGUGGCCUGCUGCAAAGACGCGCGCUGCAACGUCGCCUUCAUGGAGCGAGGCAGCGAGGAAGGGCUCGUCUCGUCCUGCUUCUUAUUCGACUGCCUGUACAAGAAGAAGUACGCCUGUCGCUUCGUCAGGAAGAAGGGUUACCUCAACUACAUCAUGGACUCCCUGUACGACAACUACAUGGCGGUGGACCUCCCCCCGAAAGAAUCCGACCGACCGCCGGUGGCUGACGGCGGCCUGGACCGUGUGGUGCAGCCGCAGGAUUCCGUCACGCUGAACGGCAUCGAGAGCAAGGACGAUAACGGGAUCGUCGCCUACACGUGGCUGAUGCUGACGGACUACCGUCACGCCAUCAUCACAAAAACCAACUUUGCUGACCAGAUUAUUGUGUCUAAUCUGACAUCUGGGAUAUACAAGUUCCAGCUGACGGUAACGGACACGGUCGGGCAAUCGGACUCGACCAAAGUCACCGUCCUGGUCCUCACACCGGAGCAGUCUGAGCACCACUGCAUGGCCCCGAUGAAGGUUGGCCCGUGCCGUGGCUCCUUCCCUCGCUGGCACUACAACGCUGCCUCCGAGAAAUGCGAAGAGUUCAUUUUCGGCGGCUGCAAGAAGAAUCUCAACAACUAUCUGUCCAAGGAGGAGUGCAGCAACGCUUGCUAUGGCAACGAGAAACGAGGGACGGGAAGAAGCCUGCCAAACCCACAGCCUCAGCAGGAGAAGUGUGGGGCUCCGUGUACGCCGCUGCAGUUCUCCUGCGCCAACGGCUGCUGCCUGGAUCCGGGCCUGGAGUGUGACACCGUACCGCAGUGCAGCGACGGCUCGGACGAGCUCAAGUGUGAAGACUUGGACAACAAUCUGCAGAUCCUGCUGAAGAUCGCCAUCGACGAGCAGAAAGUGCGCUGCACGGAGCCGCCCGUCACCGGGACCUGCCGCGACAGUCUCAGCAAGUGGUACUACAACCCGCUGGAUCAGGAGUGCUUCCUCUUCAACUACGGCGGCUGUCAAGGCAGCGAGAACAGAUUCGACAACAAGGAGUCCUGCACAAAGACCUGCCGCGGAGUCACAGAGAAAGAUGUGUUCGCAAGGAAGGCUGAGUUUGAGCGCCAGGAGGCUGAAAGUGAGACGGGUAUCAUCGCCAUCGCCGCGCUCCUGGGCGCCGCCAUCUUGAUUCUGCUCAUCGUCCUGGUCUACUGCUUCAUGAAGGGCAAGAGGAAGUCGGCGCAGCACCACCGCGUGCCACUCAACAGCGCCCCUGUCACUUCGCUGGAGGACAGAGAGCGUCUGGUCUACAACAGCACCACCAAACCCAUCUGACCCGGUCGCCGGCGGAGACACGGCGCCGAGGUUAUUUCCUUUAUGAACUGUGAGCAGAAGGCACAUACGGAAAGAUGUGACGUUUUUAUAACGACCUUUUUUUAGUUCCUUUUUAGUUUCAUUUUAACACCUGGGUUUUUUGUGUGAAUACGUUUCACUUUUACUGCUCACUUCAUUGUUACUCGUCCUGGGUCACACACACACACACACUCUCACACACUCAUUCCACUGUAAAUAUUCUCUAAAGGUGAGCUUUUCAUGAGACGGCUGUUUGCUGCGGUGACCAAGCCUGUGAAGUGUGUCUUUUAUAAGCUGUUUUAUCAACCCUGAAUAAAGGCUUGUACAUAUAACCUGCAAAGCUUCGUGUUGUUGCGGCUGUGAACAAUUGUACUGAAUAAAAAAAUACCUACUUAAGUGUC